AUGUUGCAAUCCACUGUCAUUCUCGCUUUCGCCAGCAUCGCCGCCGCAGCGGCAGCUACAUGGAAAGACGUGAAAUGCUUGAGCGACGCCGAAGCUUCACAGAUCGCUUCACGCUAUAUUGCCUUGUAUGACACUGGUGCUGUCUCCCAGCUUUCCGAUCUCACCAGCAUCGUGACCCAGAACUUCACCAGUUACGACGGGACUGGGACUGGCCCUUACGACAACGGUCCGUCUACCGUGGGCGCUCAAGCCUUCUACGAGUCCUUGACUGCGAGCACCGGACCAAGCAGUUUCACGGAUUCCGUGCAGUCUCCAGUGUUCGUUAUCCACACGUGUGAUACUGUGGUGUACCGUUGGCAGUUUACUGCUGUGUCGACCGGGUAUAAUGCUACGGUUCCGGCGGGCACCAAGCUUGCAUUCGAGGGCACGGAUAUCGUACAGGUAGAUUUGUCGAGCAAGCUGAUCUACAAUGCAACGUCGUCUGGCGAUUGGAUUAAUCUGGCGAGGGAGCUCGGGCAGAUUGGGAAUUAUUUUCCUUGA